GAGAUGAUUCUCGGUCAGAAUGAUUCAGUGACUCAAGAGUGUCAUCGGUUGUUUACUCGUAUAUCACAGUGUCUAGCUCAGACAGCAGUGUGUGUUUAGUUCAGACCCCAAAAUAACGUAUUUCGCUUAUUAAUGUAAUUGCUUCUUAUUAAUUCACAGAUUUGAUUUUAAGUCAUUUAUUAUUGUCGGGCCUGUAUUGAAUGGCUUUCGCUGCGUUAGCUCUAAGCUAGCGCUAACCUUCCAUCGCUCCGCAAAUUCAACCGAUUCAGUUAGUCAAAAAACACAACAACACUCAAGCAUGUCGUGUACGUGUGCUUCAGCAGCGAGAAAACUGCUAAAUUCAGCUCACAAAGGAAUUUCUGGCUCUAGAGUCCAGUUACUGUCACUGAGCCGCCUGGGGACUCGUGAGGUUCGUCUGGCACGCCGUGUCCCCGUGAGGUGGUUCUCGGAGACCUCUGUGUAUUAUGCUUCAAAAGAUGGGAUGAAAGAUGGAGAUGGUGGAAAGAAAUCAGUUGGUGAAGGAAGUGGAAAAAGAAGCAGCUCUAGUAAUUCCGGCAAAGGAGGAAGUCAGCUGAGGUGCCCCAAAUGUGGAGAUCCUUGCACACAUGUAGAAACAUUUGUUUCAUCAACUCGCUUUGUGAAAUGUGAAAAAUGCCACCACUUUUUUGUGGUGCUUUCAGAAACAGACACUAAGAAGAGUUUGAGUAAAGACCCAGAGUCUGCAGCGGAAGCUGUUAAGUUGGCUUUCCAGCAGAAACCCCCUCCGCCACCUAAAAAGAUCUAUGCUUAUCUUGAUAAGUAUGUUGUGGGUCAGGAUCAUGCUAAGAAGGUUCUGUCGGUGGCCGUGUACAAUCAUUAUAAACGCAUCUACAACAACAUGCCGGCAGGCUCCAGGCAGCAGCAGGUGGAGGUAGAGAAACAGGCAUCCCUCACUCCUCGAGAGCUAGAGCUAAGACGACGGGUGGAUGAAUACAGGUUUACAAAGCUGCUGCAGAUUGCAGGGAUCAGUCCUCAUGGAAACGCUCUGGGCGCCUCCAUGCAGCAGCAGCUGAACCAGCAGGCACCUCCAGAGAAGAGAGGAGGAGAAGUGCUGGACUCCACACACACCGACAUCAAACUAGAGAAGAGCAACAUAGUGGUGCUGGGCCCCACUGGCUCAGGGAAAACGCUUCUGGCCCAAACAUUGGCCAAAUGCCUGGAUGUUCCCUUUGCAAUCUGUGACUGCACCACCCUCACUCAGGCAGGGUACGUGGGAGAGGACAUAGAGUCAGUCAUCGCAAAGCUACUGCAGGACGCCAACUAUAUGAUCGAGAAAGCUCAACAAGGUAUCGUGUUUUUGGAUGAAGUAGACAAGAUAGGUAGCGUUCCUGGGAUCCAUCAGUUAAGGGACGUGGGAGGAGAGGGAGUGCAGCAGGGUUUACUGAAGCUACUGGAAGGCACUAUUGUUAAUGUUCCUGAGAAGAACACGAGGAAACUGAGAGGUGAAACUGUCCAAGUUGACACCACCAACAUCCUGUUUGUAGCAUCUGGAGCGUUUAACGGACUUGACCGUAUCAUCAGCAGGAGAAAGAAUGAGAAGUACCUUGGGUUCGGAACACCGUCUAACAUGUGGAAAGGUCGACGGGCGGCGGCAGCGGCUGACCUCGCUAACACCACGGGUGGAGAAGUGGACGUGGUGGCUGAGAUUGAGGAGAAGGACCGGCUUCUGAAACACGUGGAGGCCAGAGACCUCAUUGAGUUCGGGAUGAUUCCUGAGUUUGUGGGCCGUCUUCCUGUUGUGGUUCCGCUGCACAGCCUGGAUGAGAAGACACUGGUGCAGAUCCUCACAGAGCCACGCAAUGCUGUUGUGCCUCAGUAUCAGGCUCUCUUCAGCAUGGACAAGUGUGAUCUCAACGUGACACCUGAUGCCCUGAGAGCGAUUGCCAGAUUGGCUCUGGAGCGUAAAACCGGAGCCCGCGGGCUUAGAUCCAUAAUGGAAAAACUGCUGCUAGAUCCCAUGUUUGAGGUGCCACAUUCAGAUAUUGUGGCCGUGGAAGUGAACAAGAAAGUGGUUGAUGGAAAAGCGCCACCUCAGUACAUACGAGCUGCAGCUAAAGACUCCUCUGAGGAGGAGUACGACUCUGGAAUCGAAGAGGAAAACUGGACAAGACAGGUGGAUGCUGCCAAGAACUAAAAACUACAAACCCGGUUUAUAGUCAAGACAUUUCUUUAGCUGAAUGUUUGACUCCUUGGUUCUCCUAAGGGUCCAUUUCUCACUGUAUGCUAGUGAUGAUUUCUUACUCACUUUGGAAAAUCCUAUUCCUUGAAAAUAUCCCAAAUCUUACUCACUUUAAGCAAUCAUGGCUUAGAGUUUAAAAUAAACCAAAUUCUCCCCUGACACGUUCCUCGUAAAGAGAUUGUUAACAGUAUGUGAAAUGUAAAGAGAAU